GUUCUUCUUGCUUUCUCACUCUCAUUACCCUUUUCUUGGUUGAACACUUGCAAGAUGCCUGUCGAAAUCACUCGUAUGGUCGAAAAUGACAUCGACGGCGCUGUCGACUGUAUUCAAAAAGCCUUUGCUGAGGACCCAUACUUUGCAUGGGUCUUUCCAAAAGAUUUCUCUCCGGCACGGAAUCGCGUCUCGCUUGGUAUCCGCUGUAGAUGGGGCCUUGAGCACGCUCUGUUUUACGUUGCCAAAGACCCUUCAUCUUCUACUCCUUCGCGCAUCCUUGGUGUUGCUUGUUGGCUGGCUCCAACGGAUCCCUCCGCUCCACAGUCUUGGAAAAGCUGGUUCGGCGACUGGUCAUUGUGGUUCAACCAACUCUGGAUGAAUUCUGUUUAUGGGCGCGGCGGGUUGAGUACAACAAGAUACUAUAUUUGGAAAGCUGCCCAGAGUGACGCCCAGCGUCAGCUCUGGACAGAUGACCGAGGUUACUACUUCUGUAAUAUUGUGACUGUCCUUCCAGAAGCGCAAGGUAUGGGUAUAGGAAAGGAACUUUUUGGUGUCGUCAUGCGUCAAGCAGAUGUGGAAGGGCGAAAGUGUUAUCUGGAGAGUUCCAGAGCAGAGCCAAAUAUGGCCAUCUACCGCAAGAUGGGCUUCGAGCUGGCGAAGGAGAUGAAGUGUGAUGAUCAGGGCGAUGCUAUCACUCUAUACUGUAUGAUGAGAGAUCCGCGGCCCGGGUGAGUGGCUUUUGGCGGAGAAGGAGUGUAUUAAUGUUGGUAAUCAAAGCGUUCAAUCGUCAAAGGAGUGUCUGAGGUCUGCCAAAGCAAAG